AUGGAUCCGUUCGGUCGAAUGGCCGGUGAAACGCAGGGUUUGAUCGAUGAUGAGGGUCGGGGUAUGCAGCGACAGAAUGACGUCCCCAUGCGGCCUCCUACGGUGGCAGAGGCGACGGACGUUGAGGCUGGUGUGGCGGCAAUCACCGGACGCUGGGCGGAUUGGGCUUUGGAGGAGGAGGCCGAUGCUUUCGUGCCGGCAGUGGGCGGGGAGGACCACGGUGUGGUGGGUGAGGAGGAGGAGACAUGGAAGGUGGUCGGCCGUUUCCUCACGCAGAAGAUGAUAAAGCUUGAUUUUAUGAGACAGGUUCUUGCAUCGGUGUGGCAGCCGGUCAGAGGAGUGCAGGUAACGGAGAUCCAAAAAGGUUUAUUCAUGUUCGUUUUCUUUCAUAAAACAGAUAUGGAAUAUGUUUUGAAUGGUGGCCCCUGGGCGUUUGAGAAUAAUGCGUUGGUUUGUCGGGAGGUCCGGGAUGGUGUGUUGCCGGGGGAUAUCCAGUUGAAUAUGAUUGAUAUGUGGAUACAGCUACAUGAUAUGCCCAAGGGAUAUACGACGCAGGCUAUUUUGGAACAGGCGGGGAAUUUUAUGGGCACUUUUAUUAAGCACGAUGACCGUUAUGAGGGGGCUCCGUGGCUAACUUUUCAUCGGAUACGGGUAUCCAUACCGGUUGAUCGCCCUUUACGAAGGGGGAUGAAGUUAAUGAAGCGGGAUAAGACUACUGCAUGGGUCACUUUUCGGUACGAACGGUUGCAUAAGUUCUGCUAUUUUUGCGGGUUCAUGGGACACCUACACACGUUCUGCAUUCAUGCAUGGGAAGCAGGAAUACCACUGGAACGGUACCCGUAUGGUCCGGAUAUGCGCGCUGGUGGAUCCCGGAGUGCUCCUAGAGCGGUUGGGAAUAGCUGGCUCGUACCGGUAGGGGGGCGUCCGCGUCCGGUGGUGUCUCGGGAACUGGUGGGUGUCACGGCAGUGGUGGAUUUGGAGAAUGGGUUUGGGGCGGGGAAAGUGAUGGAGGAGUGUGUGGUUGCAUCGGCGAAGCGCCGACGGUAG